AGAUUUUACCCAAUUUCCAUGGCCAGAAACCAAACCUGAUUUUUAACAAAUACCCCUCUUAAGAUCUGUUUAUUUUUUUUAUUUUUUUAUCAGACAUUCAAAUAUUGUCCAUUAAUUUUAUUGAGCCGCCUUGAUAUUUUCUUGAAGAAAACUCCGAAAAAGAUAACCAAUUAGCUUUUACAUUUUACCCACUCUGUUUUGAUCGGACAUCUAAAGUAUUCACCGUUAAUUUUAUUGAGCCGCCCUAUAUAUUUUUCUUCGGGAAUACUUGAAAGAAAAGAAAACCCAUUAGUCCUUUUUGUAUUUUAAGUGAAAACUUGUUGGCUAGAAAUACCAUUUCCAUCUAACUGCAGAUUCUCCAUUAAGAUCUGUUUUAAAUCUGACAUCCAAAUAUUGUCCAUUAGUUUUAUUGAGCCACCAUAAAUAUUGGAUAUUGUGUAAGUGACAGAGUGGCCUUGCAGUUACGAUCCACUGAGAUUUUAUUGCUCCGAGUAGUAAGAAAAAAGUGAAGCAGUGAUGAUGAGUGAAGGAGGAGGAGAUUUGCCAAAAAUGGUGCUAAGGGUAUUAUUGGUAGAAGCAGAUGAUUGUACACGUCAGAUUAUUGCUGCUCUGCUCCGUAAAUGUAGUCAUAGAGGUAAUAAUAGCAUGGAGGAUAUAAUAUCACGCUCAUCCUGCAACUGGAGAUUUCUGGUGUUGCUGCAGUUGCUGAUGGUUUGAAGGCAUGGGAGAUGCUAAAGGAAAGGCCUCAUGACAUAGACCUUGUAUUGACUGAGGUUGACCUGCCGUCAAUAUCCGGAUAUGCACUGCUUACUUUAAUUGUGGAGCAUGACAAGUGCAAAAACAUACCUGUUAUAAUGAUGUCCUCCAAAGAUUCCAUUAGCACAGUCUUGAAAUGCAUGGUUAAAGGAGCUUCCGACUUUCUUAUUAAGCCUAUAAGGAAAAAUGAGCUGAGGAACCUGUGGCAGCAUGUUUGGAGAAGAAAAACCCAAAAUGCUAGGAGCCGUCCUCAGAAUAAAGUUGCUGAAGAUCAGAAAAUUGUAGAAGUGUCUGAGAAUGACACAGCAAGUAAUUAUUCUAGACAUAGAGAAGCUUCAAAUAUGUGCAAUGAUGAAAGGCAUGAAGAAUGUGUUGAAAUGGUUGAAAGAUCAUUUAUGCCAAAAAAUAAAGCACUAGCAAACAUGACCAGCUCUGGAAUGGGAAAUUCUUCCGGCACUGCACCUGACAGCUCAGUUGCUAUUGGUUCAGAAGAAGGCACUCAUUGUGUUGAACCAAGGGUUAUGGCCAAUGAAGUGCAGCAGGGAUGUUAUAGUGAAAAUGCGUGUACUGUUAAUGAAGUUGAUUACCAGUUGAAUGAAGCCGUUGACUUGAUGGGGAAUUUUGAAAAUUACUUGGCUAAUAGUGACGGACAUUGUCAUGACAGUAGAGAGAAAUCAAAUCUCGCUUCCAGGUUGGAUCUUUCUUUGACAACCUUUAAUCCCAGUUGCUCAAACGAUGAAGCGUCCUGGGAGGAGCAGAACUUGAUAAGCCAUUCAAAAGCAUCCGCCUUUUCCAACUAUGAAAAUGCGAAGACAUUGCAACCUCUUUUCUCUGAAUUGACUGGCUGUUCAGCUCCAUUGAAGGAAGGCUCUAGUGCCUCUACUUGGGAGUGUGAUGCUACAUUGACCGAGAGUCAGGAAAACGAAACAGCUCUGGUUAUGCGCCAACCAGGAAACUGUAAAGCUGCAAUAUCAGUGUCCAAUACACAAUCAGAUUCUCAACAAGUACAGAGCCAAACAAGUUCUUUGACUUAUUCAACUUCCGAAGUACAACAUUUGGAGCAUGACAAGCAACCAUUUGAUGAUAAUGCGGAAGAAGCAGAUAACAGAAACUUAGUAACAGUUGAAAAGGCUGUAUGCGGUUCUGCUACUUGUGGAUCUAGUGAUUUGGGAAGUGGCGUGACAAAUAAGCAUAGUAGCUCUCAUUGUGGAAGUGUUUCUGAUGAAGCUACAGAAAGUUCCUUCGCAGUUGCAAGUCCCGAGAGAGCUCCUGCUUCCGAGACUCUGAAUUACAAUGACGUCCUUUGUCAUGAUAGGACAAAAUCAGAGAGUCAUAGCACCAGUCAAAGGGAAGCUGCACUCAUUAAGUUCCGGUUAAAACGGAAAGAUAGGUGCUUUGACAAAAAGGUUCGAUACGAAAGCAGGAAAAGACUUGCAGAGCAGCGACCCCGAGUAAAAGGGCAAUUUGUUCGUCAGCCGCAAAAUGGAACUCAGCCUUUGAAGGACGACAUGCAAAUAGUCCAUCAAUGAGAAAAUUAGUUACUCUCACUAACGUUUGUAGGCAAAUGUAGUAUAGCCAUGAACGUAGAUACAGGUUUGUAGUUUGUGUGUGUGUCUUGUAAGCUUGGGAAUUAGGGGAUUGAUGAUAGUUGCAACUCAAGAUGUUUCAACUUUUAUUUAUUUCUUUGUUUAUACACUUAGUAGGUGAAAUUUGUCUUGCAUUUGGUAGCAAGUUUGAAACGUUUGAAGGUGAAAUCUGGAAGAAUUAGUUGUUUGUUAUUCACCAUUGAUUGAGCACGGAACUUGAGACUUCAUUGAUUUUGUGUUAUGUAAAUAGUCGCAGAAGAAUAUUGAAGGAAAAUUAUUCUUACUGUUGUUUUUAAUACAA